AUGAAAAUUAAGUGCAGUGCUUUUGUUCUGUGUUUAUUAGGAUUUGUAUUGCUCCAUGAAGCUAAUUGUUUACACAAGAGAUGUAUGAGGUGUCGAUCACGUGGUGAAUUGGGGGCGUGUGGAGAUCCAUUUCCUUUUAAUGUCACAGAACCUGAUGCUGUUGUCGGAAUCCAUGUUGUUGCUUGCCCAUCAGGAUGGUGUGGAAAAAUUAUUGAAGGAACAACUGGUGCUUUCCGAACAGAUGAUUAUGGUGCUGCAACCCAAAGGAUGUGCAUGCAGCGACCUCCGAGUGAUUAUGAAGAAAGGUGUGCUUACACAAUGUGGAAACAUAAAAAAGUUUAUAUGUGUUUUUGUAGUGGUGAUCUCUGUAAUUCUGCCUUUAAAAUCUCAACAUUCCCUAUAACUGUGGUAAUAUCAUUGAUUGUUGGUUUAUAUAACUUUUUAUAG